AAAAAAUUAGACUUACCUCCUCAGCCUCCCCACCCACGCGUCUCACCGGAGCUCCGCCGCCGCCGCCGCCGUUUUCUCCCGUCGUACGACGCUGCGUGUUCCCGAGUCUCCCUUCCGCCGCCGCCCUCCGGAGCCGGCCUGAGUUUGGACGAGGUUGGGAGGGAGGUCGCCUUGGACGAGGAGGGGGAGGAGGAGGAGGUGGUGGUGGUGGUGGGGCGGCGCCGUCGCGGGGGGAGAUGGGGGCCGCGCGUGGCGGGGUGCGGCGCGUCCGGCGGGAGGCGCUCGUGGCGUGCAUGACGUGCCCGCUCUGCAAGGGGCUCCUCCGGGAGGCCACCGCCAUCACCGAGUGCCUCCACACCUUUUGCAAGGAGUGCAUUAUGGAGAAAAUAGAUGACGAAGAAGUCGAUCACUGCCCAGUAUGCAACAUUGAUCUUGGCUGUGAUCCUGAAGAGAAACUCAGGCCCGACCAUAAUGUUCAAGAUAUCAGGAAUAAGGUUUUUCCACUUAAAGUGAAAAAGGUUGGUGCUCCUAAGGCUCCAACUGUGACAUUGCCAGUAAAGAGAAAACAGAGGUCACUUUCUUCCUUGGUUGUUGACACUCCGAGGGUGGCAGUACAGACUGGUUUGACAGGACGGAGAACCAAAACUGCGAGAAGGACAGCAGUCUCCCAUGUAAACUCUCCUGGUAAUAAUGGAACCAUCAAGCUAGCAAAUAAAUCUGAAGGUCGAGAUCAUAAAACUCAGAAAAUCUCAGCAGCACAAUCUGCCAAGAUGACAAAAACUGGCAAUAAAAAGAAGAAUAAUACUGAUGUAGAUGUCACAAUCCAGUCAUCUUCUGAAGAUAGGAAGGAUGAUCAUACAAUUGACAAGGAAGAUCUCAAGAAGCCUUUAAAUAGCUUGGUUGACACUGCAAACAGGACGAAAUUUUUUAGAUCAGGUCCUAAAGGCCAGGCUGCCAAGGAAGACAAAAUAAAAAACUCAAUUAAGUUACUGGCAGAAGAUGACACAGAAGACAAACUGGUAGUUACUGGCAGAAAGGUUAUGCCAUGCUCAAAUAAGUUAAAAGUUAAAGAGGAAAAUAAUCGCAGUCCUUCACAAUCUGCAUCAUCGAAAGAUAAAACCACCUCAGACUAUGAGCUGAGGAAAGGACAACAUGCUGAUUCACAGCAGGGACAGAUUGGUUCUACAAGAACUGGUGCUUUGCAUGAUGGAAUAACUAGACCAGUAUGGUUUUUGCUUGUCCCUUCACCUGACCAGAAACAAGAUCCCAGGCUGCCUCAGCUACCAACAUAUUACGUGAGAAUUAAAGAUGGAAGUCUGCAGACUUCCUUGAUCCAGAGGUACAUCAUGAAUAAGCUUGACCUAGCAAGUGAAGAUGAGGUGGAGAUCACAUGCCAUGGCGAGGCAAUCUCCCCCUCGACCACAUUGCAAGGCCUGCUCGAGCUGUGGCUGAAGAGCUCGCCGGUGGAGCAGGUCCAGGCGUCGCUGGGCGCUCAAGCCAAGGAGUUCGUCAUGGAGCUCGGCUACCGCCGGCCACAGCGGCCUCCUUCCUCUUAGCUAGCUGCAACCUCUACUCCUCCAGUGCCACAAUCCAUCUGCUGCAAAAUCUGCAGGCAAUUGCAGGAGGAAAGAAGACUCUGAAACUACCGAUUCAUCAGCUCAUAUCAUGUUCAUCCGUCAGUCAGACUAGGGUAAAAAAAAAAAGAGAAGAAAAAAUUACACCUUUCUCAUUUCUUAGAUCAUGUAAAGAGGGACAAAAGAUUAAAAAAAAAGGUAGAACAGUGCAUUAGGCUACUAAGAUAAUCUAAAAGGGUACCCUAACUAUGUCUUGUUUACCAUCCGAUGAAGUUUUCAGGUGAAGUCCCAUCUCCUGUGUUAA